AUACAACUUCCACGACCCAUGUCUUUAUCACUUCUUCUGUUGCUGUCCAACCAUUACCAACAUUUUAAUUACUCUCUCUCUCUCUCUCUCUCUCUCUCUCACAUACACAUCAAAAAAGCCAUUUCCUCUAAUUCCACUAACCUGUCUUUUGUCUCUGCAUCUGCAAGAUGUCAAACUGUACUGUAGAGUCCAGCAAGGUGGAAACCAGCGAUGGAGUGAAGCUCCACACAAGGCUGUUCAAACCCAAAGAAGAACUCAAGGACAACCUGGUGGUUGUUCUUGUCCACCCGUACUCAAUUUUGGGUGGUUGUCAAGGCCUUUUGAAAGGAAUAGCAGCUGGGUUGGCUGACAAAGGUUACAGAGCUAUCACCUUUGACAUGAGAGGCGCUGGGAAGUCAAGUGGGAGGGCUUCUAUCACUGGCUUUGCAGAAAUCAAGGAUGUUAUUGCUAUCUGCAACUGGGUCUGUCAAAAUCUCUCUUCUGACAGGAUUUUGCUGGUGGGCUCUUCUGCAGGUGCACCAAUUGCAGGAUCUGCUGUUGAUCAGAUAGAACAAGUUGUGGGCUAUGUGAGUCUAGGGUACCCUUUUGGCAUGAUUGCCUCAAUCCUUUUUGGGAGGCACCACAAAAACAUCCUACAGUUCCCUAAGCCUAAACUCUUUGUUAUGGGAACUAGGGAUGGAUUUACUAGUGUGAAGCAGCUGAACAACAAGUUGAGCUCUGCGGCAGGACGUGUUGAGACGCAUUUGAUAGAAGGGGCAGGCCAUUUCCAAAUGGAAGGGCCUGAUUAUGAUGCUCAGAUGGUGAAUCUUAUCAUUGAGUUUAUUGCUUCAUUGCAGUAAUAUUAUCCAGUUCGCUGAGUUAUGAUUGGGAUUUAUCUCUUCAUUGUAUGUAUAUGCUGAUUUUUCACCUUUGUUUAUUGCAGGGUUAUAGAUUAUUCUUUUGGA